AGAUGGCAGUGUGUGCUGCGCCACGGUCAGAGAUGGGCGUAGCGAGCGGCGGGAGUGCGUCAUGCUCGGCGUGACGUUGGAGCCGCGGCACGAUGGCAGCCACCACUGCUGCCGCCCUUGCGUGCCUGCUGUUUUUGAUGAUCGGCAGCGCGCGUCUGCAGGACGCCGAAACACCGCUAUGCCAGCGACCGGGCUGCAACUGCGUCCAAAACACCGCGAGCUGCGAGUUCGCUCCUGAUCAGGUGGUGCAGCUGGGCGCGGGCGCGCUGCCGGCGGGCUCCUCGGUGUCGGUGGUGUCGGUGUCGGGGCCGCGCGAGCUGCACGUGCUGGCGGGCGCGCUGUCCGGCGUGCGGCUGCUGCAGCGCCUGCGCCUGCGCAGCAUCGGCAAGGUCGUGCUGCGCAAGGCCGCCCUGCACGCGUACGCCGAGCCGCACGCCAUCCUCGAGGUGAGCGACUGCGGGGUGCUGGUGGUGGAGUCGAAGGCAUGCCAGGGCCUGCGCGGCGCGCUCAUCGCGCUGGUGGCGCGCUGCGGCCACGUGCUGCUGCAGGCCGGCGUGUUCGCGCGCCUGCUCGCCCUCGCCGUCGCGCACGUCCCGCACCUGCAGAUGCAGCCCAACGCGCUCGCGCUCGACAUCAGCGCCGGCCAGGCCACCGUGGUGAACCUGACGCACGUGCUGAUGCCGGAGCUGGCGAAGCACACGUUCCCGUCGCCGGCUGUGGAGGUGCGGCUGCAGGACUGCGAGGUGGUGUCGGUGCGCGAGGAGGCGUUCAGCGCGCUGUCGCUGGGCAAGCUCUCGGUGGUGAACUCGUCGCUGCACGACGUGGCCGCCUCCGCCUUCUCGGACCGCACGCUCAUCGACCAGCUGCUGUUCAGCGGCUCCCGCAUCCACCGGCUGCGCCGCGGCGCCCUGCUCGCCGGCGUCACCAACCUCACCAUCGAGCGCUCCAGGAUAGAUGAAGUGGAGAGCGGCGCGGUGAACAACACGGUGGCUGUGGUGACGCUGCAGCACAACCACGUAGCUCUGGUGCGACAGCAGGGCUUCGUGCUGCGCAAGUGGAACCGCCUCAGGGUCGUCAACAACACCUUCGAGCAGCUCGAAGAAGACUCCAUCUGGGCUCCCUACCAGACCGUCGCCGGUGCGCCAGUGUCGGAGCUGCGUUUCUCGGAGAACCGGCUGGGCGCGGUGUCGGCGGGCGGCCUGCGGUGGCUGGGGGCGGCGGCGGCCGGCGUGGGCUCCAAGACGGCGGCGGGCAACGUGCUGGAGGGCACGCCGUGCCGCUGCGACCUGCUGGGCGAGGAGGCGGCGGCGUGGGCGGCGGACGCGCUGCUGUGCCGGCCGGCGGCGCCGCUGCUGGCGCGCUGCCUGCGCCCCAGUGCGCUGCCGGGGGCGGCGCCGCAGCCCGCGCUCUCGCUCGCCAACUUCACGGCCGCCGUCUGCGGGGGCGGCGACGUGCUCGUCUGCCAGGACGCGCCCGCCGUGCUAGCCAACGCCGACGGCGAGGAGUCGGGUCGGCGCAGCACGCUGGUGCUGGCGCUGGUGCUGGGGGCGGCGGCGCGGCGGCGGCUGCCCGCCUGCCUGGCCGCGCUACUGUCGCGCCGCCUCGACUCCGGCGCGGGGGCGGCGGGGGCGGGCGCGCGGCAGGCGGGCGACGGCUCGCCGGGCCACGAGUACGCCGAGCUGCAGCCGCAGGCGGGCGCCGGCACGGGCCCGGGGCCGCCGCCGGGGGCGGGGGCGGACGACGACGCGCUGCUGCCGGCCGAGGACAAGUGGACGCAGACGCUGCCCGAGGAGCUGACGCAGGAGCUGCUGCAGACGCUGCGCGACAAGCUCGACGACCCCGACAACUACAGCGAGGCGCGCGACAUGAUCGAGCACCUCUACGACCUCAUCAAGGUUGAGGAGAGCGGAGCCGAGGAGCGCGAGACGGGCGAGGUGAUCCGGCGGUCGGCGCGCGGCGCGACGCGCAGCACGGGCACGCGGGCGCCGUCGCCGCCGGUGGGCGCGGCGGUGCGCGUGUGCGGCGAGUACCUGGAGCCGCGCGACCGCUCCCCGGACCAGCACCUGUACGCCGAGCUGCCGCCCGCCGCGGGCGCGCCCGCCGCCGCCGUGCUCUGCGAGUACGCCGAGCCGCGCGACAGCCACCGCCACGCCGCCCACCACGUCUACUGCGAGCUGCCCGCCAACAUGGCCGACCGACCGCUGCCUUCCACGCCCUCCACCCGCUGACACCGUCCGGCGCUGUACCACUCCGCCCCGCCGAGACGAUUCGUCGUCCGGUCGUCCUCGACCACCGCGACUGCCCGGCCACUACAAUAGCGUCCGCAAUCGUCGCUCCAGUAGAGCGCGACCACAUCCUUCACCGCGGGCAAUUUCACACACCGGCGGAGCCAGAACCGCGCCCUCGGCGGUGACGUCACCGUCCUACUCGGCGCAUCGUCGACGCCCGGAACGGCGCUGCGAUUGCGGAAGUGCCCGAGAGUGGAGCGACCACUUGUUCCUGCUGUCUUUCUGGUACCUCUCUCCGACACUCGUCUUCCACAGCAGGGCACCGGGACUGCGUGUACCGUUUACUGUGAUCGUUCGUCGUCGCCGAGUGAAGUGACCCUGGGAGUGUCGCGUAGUGUUCCUAUGUGUACGAAGACUUCUUUUUGUGGCAGCCUGUUGCGCCGCACGUCCUUUGCAUUAAGACUGUGAGGCGGCGUACGAAGCGCCGCCGUCCUUUAGCUGACUGUGAUAUGUUUUUAAGUGUCACCACUACCCGUGUUCGCGGACAUCUGUUAUCGCUCGUGUACCGCCUAAUGCAGCGCCUGUGUUUUCAGAGCUGUACUGCUUUUGUCGAGGAGUACGUACGAUCGUUUCUUUCUAUUGUGAUUCUAAAAGCGAAAGAAGAUAAUCGUGCGGCUACAACUGACGGAGAACGAAAUCGUCCGAAGUGGUACAGAAGUUGCUCUAUGUGAAGUUAUUCUCGUCAACAUUUCCUUCGUUUUGUUUAAAAUGUUUAAAAUAAAUAUCGGUGUAAAUUAUUUUCUCAGUAUAGCACAGAAAGUGUUUACUUCGAAAAUUUGUUCUCCGUCGCAACCUAGCCAUUUUCUAUUGGGGAAUGUGUGUUGUAUGUCGGAGGCUGUAAGAGUUUUCUUAUUCAGAGUUAUCAAUGUCUUUCACGAAUAACGAGGUUAUUUCCGCAGUGUCAUGUGUGUAUCAAAGUAAAUUACCGAGAGUCCUGUCCUCUGAUGCGUAGGUGUGGUUCUGACUGAUGUGCAGCAAACAGCGAACAAUGCAUUGCAUAAUGUCUUGCAUUUCCGUUUGUAUAUAAAUGAAUUCAUAUAUAUAUAUAUAAAUAUAACAUGCCAUUCUUGCAGCAAUAAAACAUUUUUAUGUG